AUGUCGGAGCUCGCCUUCGGAAGUCCUGAUUCUGCCUUGCCACUGGGCAAUGUUGAUAAGGGAGAAGAGAGUACGGUAAAUGCUGCGCAAGUCCACUAUUCCUAUAAACCAAUCUACUACGCCGCCAGGGGCACACAGUGGAUAUCUUUGUUCGCGACGAUCGAAAUGGCGGAGACUAGAGGAAACUUUAUCUACUUUGCUAGCGGCGGCGGCGGCGGUGGUGGUGGUGGUGGUGGUGGUGAUGGUGGUGGUGGUGGUUGCGGUGACGGUGGCGAUGGUGGUUAG